GUGCCACACGUUCACCACAGGACAGCGUCUGCCGGUAAUGAGCUCUGCAGCUCUGAUCAUGAAGUUGUGCCUCAGCAUGCACAUACAUGUUCUGUAUGCGCAUACAUGGAUUUAUCUUUACAACUCUGUGCAGAAAGCACACAUGCAUUUGCUUAUGUUUUGCAAGCAUGUGUCAGAAAAGCUACACCGCGCCAUUGUUUAACUUCCUGUCGUUGUGAAUGAGAGCAUGUUACCAAAACCACAGGUUGGUCACAUGACGUGACAAGUCUUCCACUUUCUGUGUUCAGUUUGUGCAGCACACAUCUUCAUUUUGGAUCAGGGUGUUUCUGUUUUCUUUCACAAUGAUGGUCAAGAAACGCUUCUUGUAAAAGACACACAGGAACCAAAAAGAGGAAGCGGAAAGACAAGAGGAAGAAAGAGGUGAUGGACACGAAAGAUGAGAACUGUAGUCCAGUCAUCGUCACGAAUGGUGAUUACCCGGUACGGUGCACUGAGGAAGUACUUCUCCCUUUCUUCAUAGAUGAGAGUCUGCAGGCUGCCAUGGACUCACAACAGCCUCCUGCCUCCCACAGCCUCCCUCCUGCUCUCCCAGAGAUCAGACUGGUCCUACUGGGCAGGAAAGGAGCAGGGAAGAGCGCGGCGGGCAACACCAUCCUGGGAGCAGCGGGGGGCUUCGAGAGCGGGAAGCCCACGGAGGAGUGUGUGAAGAGGCGAGCCGAUGUGGCGGGGAGGAAAGUCACGGUGGUGGACACCCCAGGGUGGGAGUGGUACUACCCGCUCAACAGCACCCCCAACUGGGUGAGGAGAGAGACUUUGCGGAGCGUGUCGCUUUGCCCUUCUGGACCCCACGCUGUGCUCCUGGUGAUGCGAUCAUGCGCCUCAGUAACGGAGGACUACAUCAUUGAGAUAGAGGAGCACCUGGAGCCGCUGGGAAAAGGAGUCUGGGAGCGCACCAUGCUGCUGUUCACCAGAGGAGACGAGCUAGGCCUGGUGUCCAUGGAGCAGCGGAUCCUAACGAGCGGCCCAGCGCUCCAGAGGCUCCUCCAGAAGUGCGGGAACAGAUACCAUGUCGUGGAUAACCGGAGCAAAGGAGACGGGACGCAGGUUAAAGAGCUGAUAAGGAAGCUGGAGGAGAUGGUGGCGUUGAAGAAGGAUGGGAGCAGUCAUUUAGAGAUGGAUAAUACGGUGCUGGUGGGUCUGGAAGCAGACGGGAAGAGGAGAGCGAGGGAGAGGAGGAAGAAACAGAGGCAGAUGGAGGCGCAGGUUCAGAGAGGGACCAUCAAAGCUGCUCUAAUGAGCGAUGGUCUUCAGGGUUCCGAGCUAGACGCCCAUCAGUCGUUCUCCAAAGCUCCCCGACGUUUACCCGAGGUCAGACUGGUUCUCCUUGGCGAGCGUGAAACAGGAAAGAGCUCUGCCGGGAACACCAUCCUGGGCAAAACAGAGUUCUUCCAGGCCGGGGCGGUGACGGAGGAGUGCACCCGACAGCAAGCGGAGGUGGCCAUGCGGCUGGUGACGGUGGUGGACACUCCGGGCUGGGAGGGAGGAGUAGCGGGUGCCACGCCUGAGAGGGUGAAGAGGGAGAUUGUUAGUAGCGUGGCUUUGUGUCCUCCAGGGCCCCAUGCGCUGCUUCUGACACUGAGGGUGGACACGCUGGUGAGGGCGGCACACGUGAGGGAACAUCUGGAGCUUCUGGGCGAGGGCAUAUGGAGACACACGAUACUGCUGUUCACGCACGGGGAUCAGCUUCGGGAGGGGGUGGACAUCGAGCAGCACAUCCAGGGUGGAGGAAGGGACCUCCAGGGCCUGCUGGAGACGUGCAGGGGCAGGUACCACGUCAUUAGCAGUGUAGAUGGAGGAGGGAGAGGAAACGGAGGCUCCAGUACGGUGACAGAGCUCCUGAAAGUGGUGGAAAAGAUGACGGCGAUGAACAGGUGUGAGGCGUUCUCCGGCCUGGUUCAGGAGGUCAGGGAUCUGAGCCGGCACAAGAACGAGAAGUUCAACCAGCGCCUGAAGGACAUGGGAGAUAAAAUGCUUCGUCAGGAGGACGAGUUGAAAAAGAUGAGAGAGAGGGAGAUGAAAAGAAUCAGGUGGUUUUUUGACAGGAAGAAAAAGCCGAAAUCACCCGGAAAGGCCGACGUUCAAAGGGAAGAGGAGGAGGAGGAGGAGGAAGAGGACAGGAGGAUGGACGAGAGGAGGAAUGAUAUCGGGGAGCUGGAGGAUAAGAUGCGAUGGCUGACAGAGGAUAAAGAGAGAGAAAUUCAGGAUCUGAGCGUAGCAAACGAGAGAAUCCGCGUAGCACUGAACCAAAGCCGAGGAGAAAGGGACGAGGCGACGCUCAACCUGGAGCUAAAAGAGAGAGAGAUCGAGGAGCUGAGAGAAAGAAUCGACGAGCAGCAGGUGAAGCUGCUCGACCUUGAAUGUGCCGGCGUAGAAAUUGAACAUGAGAGAAAACAGAGGGAGGACACCAUUAGAGCAAAGAAACAAGAGUGGAUGAGUGAGGUUAGGAAAUUGGAAGAAAACAUAGAGCUGCAGAGGAAAGAGAAAACAGAGUGGAUGGAAAAAGUUGAUUCUUUAAAAGCAGAAAUGGACAAGGCUAAAAGACACCAUGAUGAUGUUCUCGAGAGAAAAGAACAAGAAAAAAACAGGGAGAUGGCACAGGUGGAGGAACAACUUAAAAAAGAGAUGGAAAUAAAAGAGAAAGAGCAAGAAGAACUGAGAAAGAAAGUCUCAGAGGAAAAGCAGAUAGCUCUCGAUGACGUAAAACAAUAUGAAAAAGAUAUGGAGACGAAAGUUGAAGAAAUGAAAUCAGAACAUAAGAAAGAGAUGGAAAGAAAAAUGCAUGAGAAAGACACGGAGAUGCUGAAGCAUCAGGAUGAGAUGACGAGAAAAAUCAGUGAAUUAGAAAAAAUGAUGGAGACAAUGAACGUUCAACACCAAAAAGAAAUGAAUCAGAAGUUGAAAGACAAUGCAGAAGAUAUAGAAAGGGUCAAACAACAGCAUGACAAUGAAAUAAAGGACGCACGGCAAGAAAAACAAAGACAGGUUGCAGAGCUGAAAGAGCAGUUUGCCAAAGAAACAGAGGAACAAAUGCAAGCAAAAAAGACAGAGAUAACAGAGUUAGAGCAAAGGUACGUCGUCCAAAAUGAAAAAGAGAAGGAAAUGAUUCAUCUGAAUCACAAAAAAGACAUGACAGAGCAGAUGCAAGACAAAGAAAAAGAGGUAGAAGUGUUAAAACUGCAGCAUCAGGAAGAAAUGGCGAGAAAAAUGAAUGAAAUGGAAAAACUAAUGCAGACGAGGGGAGCUGAACACAAAGAGGAAACAGACAGAAAGGUGAAAGAGAAGGAGGAAGAUGUGGAAAAGGUCCAACAACAAUGCAGAGAUCAAAUAAGAGACAUGGAGCAAGAAAGACAAAGAGAAGUGAAAGAGCUGAAACAACAGUUUGCAGGAGAAAUUGAGAAACAAUUGCAGGAAAGACAAAGAGAGAUAAGAGAGUUGGAGCAAAAGCACGCCGCCCAAACAAAAGAGAAGGUGCUAGAAAAUGAAAAAGAGAUGGAAGUGAUGAAUGGAAAUCGUGAAAAAUACAUCUUGCAACAAAUGCACGAGAGAGACGGACUAAUAGAGGAGUUAAAACGUCAGCACAUUAAUGAAAUCAAAGAAAAAAUGCAAGAAAGUGAGCAGGAAAAGGAAAGGAUUGUUCUGAUUGUCAAGAAAGAGAUGGAGCAAAGACUGGAGGAAAAAGAAGAGGAGAUGGAGGAGAUCAAACUGAGUGUGAGAGAAAUGAAGGAAGAGCUGCAACAAAAGGAAGAGAAAGAAAUAGAUCAUUUAAAUUACAAGCGAGAAAUGCAGCAAAACCUGGAGGACAGAGAAAAAGGAAUUGAGGAGAUGAAACUCAAAGUCAAAGACACAAAUGAAAAGCUGCAACGAAAGGAAGAGAAAGAAAUAGAUCAUUUGAAUUACAAGAAAGAGAUUGAGCAAAGACUGGAGGACAGAGAAAGAGAAACAGAAACGAUAAAAGAACAUUUAGAAGAACUUGAGCAACAAUUGCGGCAGACGGGAGAGGAAAGAGAAAGAGAUUGUUUAAAUCACAAGAAACAGAUGGAGCAAAAACUCCAGGAAAAGGAGAGAAUGAUAGAGAAAUUGAAUCAGCAUAUAAAGGAUGUCGACGAAAUCCUGCAGAGAAAAGAAGAAGAGAGAGGAGAGAUUAUUCUGAAUCAAAAGAAAGAGGCAGAGCAGCGACUGCAAGACAGAGAACGAGAGAUGGAGGAGAUGAAACUACAGCUUUUAAACGACACGGAGAGGAAAGUAAAAGAAAAGGAAAGUGAGAUUGAGAGUGUUAAACAACAGGCCGACUCCAGGGAGGCGAGAUGGAAGGAAGAGCAGAGGAAGAAGGAUGAGAGAGGAGGAAACGAGUCGAACCGACUAUUAGAAAUCAUUGAUGAGAAAACUAAAGAAAUAACACAAGCACAGUGUCUUCUUGCAGAGAGAAACAGUGAACUUGAUGAGGCGAAAAAGACAUGUGCGAACUACUUAAAAGAAAUUGAAGAGCUGAAAGAAAGCAUUAACAACCAAACCGCCAGUAUCACGGAGAUACAGCAGCGCCACACAGAGCAGGAGAUGAAAAAAGACACAGAAAUGAUGGAAAAACUUCAGGAGAAAGAAGAAGAACUGAGAGAAAACGAGAAAGAGAUCAUCCAGCUGAGGCUGACGAUCGAGCAGACAAAGUCCGAGCUGAAGGAGCUCAUCAGCAGGAUGGAGAAGGAGAUGACAAGCAUGAUUCGGGAAUACGAGAAGGAGAUCGCGAGGAGGAACGAGAGCGUGGAAUCCGCCGCGAAGGAGAGGGAUGGCGCCGUGAGUCGCUGGGAGGAAGUCGCAGAGAAAUACGAGGAGAGUCGGAGGAGAGCUGAGGAGCUGCAGGAGCAAAACGAGAAGCUGAGGAAAGAGACGGACAACCUCAAAAUAAAGUGCGAAGAGCUGAGGACGGAGAGCGAAGAAGAAGUUAGAGAACAGCUCAGGGUGAAGAGCAUCGAAGCAGAGAUACGAGGCCUUCUUAAAGAGAGAGAUGUGGAGGUCGAGGGGUUAAAGGAAGCAAAUUACAAAGUGCAAGAAGAGAUAGAAAGGAUACAGAAGGGGAAAGAAAGUGAGAAAGUUAGAGAUGAGGAAUUCUUGAAAGAAGUAGGGGAAAGGGAGCAGGUUACGAGUAGAAACGAAGAAGAGUUGAGCAAAAGAGGGCACGAACUCGGUGCAAAAGAGGAAGAGCUUGCUGAAAAAGAGGUGAAGUUGGAUGGUAAGGAAGAAGAGCUUAGCAAAUGGGAAGCAAGUCUAGAAAAACAGCAAAAAGAGCAGGAGGGAAAAGAGCAAGAUGUAGAGAAAAAGGAGAGGGAGCUGGAGAGCUUGCUCAGAGCGCUGGAGGGCAAACAGAAAGAGUUGAACUGUCACGGUCAAGACCUUCAGGAGAAGGUGAAAGGCCUGAAAGACCACGGGAAGGAGCUGAAAGACAGGGAGUGUUACUUGAGGAACGAGGAGCAGGAGCUGCUCGGCUGGAAGUCGGAGCUGCAGAUGCAAAACGAGCACGUGAACUCCACGACGCAGCAGCUGGACGAGAUGGGGAGAGACUUGGCUCUGCUGAAGGAAGAGCUUCACAACAAGGAGAAGAAUUUAAAGGCGUCACUUAAGAAAAUGGGCAAAUGGGAGCAGAACCUUACAGAACGAGAGGAAGGGUUGCACAAGAAAGAGAAAGGACAAUAUGAGGUUGAUGAGAGGGAUUCUUUCGAUCUGACGGAUGCAGUUGAGAGCUCAGGAGACGACUUGCAUGUAAUGUACAGAGAGGUCAGCGAGAGAAGGGAGAAGGGAAGAGGAAGAGAGUCAGAUAGCGGAGAUCAGAGGAUGAAAACAGCAUCGUCAGCUGCAGAUAACUGUCACCUUGAAACACUAAAAGAGAUAAAGACAGAUGAGGAAAAGGAAGAAGGAGAAGAGACGAGUAAGGAUCUGGAAAGUGCAAAGGUCAUUGGAGAUGUUGCGUUUUUAUCUGCAAGUCACAGAAGCUCAAACAACAAAGAGCUUCCUGGGUCGGACUUGAGGGUGGUGGUGUUAGGGGAGUCCUGGUCGCCUUGCUCCCCCGCUGGAGUUACCAUCCUGUGCGGAGAGGCGUUCAAAUCCAACGGCUCCACCUUCAGGCCCUGGAGAGGUCAAGUAGCCGGACGCCGCCUCGCCGUCGCGGAACCGCUAGGUCUGAAAUGGAGAGACGGACCGGAUCCGACGCAAAGGAGAAGCAUCCUCGACAGUGUCUCCUGGUGUCGCCCGGGACCUCACGUCGUCCUCCUGCUCAUGCCGGCCUUCUUGUCCUGCACACAGAAGUACAGGAGAGCAGCGGAGGAGCACAUGAGUUUGAUUGGAGGGGAAGACGUUUGGCAGCGCACGCUGGUGCUGUUCACGUGGGGGGAAAUGUUAGGGGAGAGCGCGGAGCAGCACAUCCUGAGGAACGGGGAGCUGACGGGGCUCGUAGAGAGAUGCGGGGGCAGGUAUCACGUGCUGAGCAGCAAGAGAAGCAACUCUUUGAUCGAGGGGUUGUUUGAGAAGAUGGAGGAUAUAGCGGCUUUGAACAGCAGAGAGCUGUGAUGAGACUGAACAAAUUCAUCAUGUGAAAAUACUGUUUUUCAUCUUAUGUGAAUAUUUUUGAAUAAAUGUAAAAAAUUGGUGGAAGAAAUACUCAGAUUACUUAUUUAUUUCCAUCAUAUAUGGCCUAAUAUUUGACCCUGAUAUAGGUAAUUUCAUAUUGCAAUAACUAUAUAUAUAUAUAUCAUGGUAUAGAUUGGUAUAACUGUCUUUUAUAAAAAGUGGCAGUUUCUAUUUCAAUGUAUGUAUUGUUGUUUGUGUUGUA